UUUCUGCAGUAUUUAGAAUGUUGAAGCUUGUGGUAGUGUUUUGGGCACUGGUAGGGGCCUCGGUGUUAGGGGCAGGACAAGCCAAUGAUAGCUACCAAAUUUAUGUUCAAAAGGAAUGCAGCUUUACUAGAUAUCCCAGCAUAUGUGUUCAAACCAUGAUGGGGUCUGGUUUAGGGCAUGAACAACAACAUGUUGAUAUAAUGUUGGCUCUUGCAAACAAGACCAUAUCUGAGACCAUGUUGGCCACCUCCAAGUUUGUCAACUUCAGCUCCCAAUUCAAAUUGGGAGGCGAACUUGGAGCCCGUGAAGCUCAACGUGUUCAUUCCGUCAAAGACUAUUAUUGUGAAGAGCUCAUGAACAUGUCCUUGAAGCGGCUAGACCAAUCCCUAUUGGCACUCAAACAAUCUCCAAGGAAAAACAAGCAUGACAUACAAGCAUGGCUCAGUGCUGCGUUGACCUUCCAAGAUACUUGCAAAGACUACGCUUCUGGUCAAAUUUCCAAGCGCAUCAACAACGCUUCUCAGUUGGUAAGUAACCUAUUAGCUCUUGUCAACCGUAUCACAAGUAACCAUACAACAACGGUCACAAAUCACCGUAGUGUUGACCGAGGGCUUUUUGCCAAAUGGGUAUCGCAAAGGGACCGGAAACUACUUCAGGCAACCACCAUAAAAGCUGAUGCCGUGGUUGCCAAAGAUGGAUCGGGUGACUACAAAACUGUAUCGGAAGCCGUCAAUGCAGCUUCCGGGGGCCGGUUUGUGAUUUAUGUAAAGGCAGGGGUUUAUGAGGAGAAGAUUCACACUAAAAAAGAUGGUAUUACGUUGAUAGGAGAUGGAAAAUAUUCCACUAUUAUUACUGGGGAUGAUAGCGUUGCCAAAGGUGCCUCCAUGCCUGGCUCAGCUACUUUCACCGUAACAGGAGAUGGGUUCAUUGCUAGGGAUAUAGGGUUCCAAAACACAGCAGGCCCUCAAGGAAAGCAAGCCUUGGCUCUAUACAUCUCUUCUGAUCGCUCAGUUCUCUACAGGUGUAGCAUUGUUGGCUACCAAGACACUCUCUAUGCCUAUGCCCUCCGUCAGUUCUACAGAGAAUGUGACAUCUAUGGCACAAUAGACUUCAUCUUUGGCAACGCUGCAGCUGUGUUUCAGAGUUGUGAUCUGGUGCUACGCAGGCACAAGGGCUACAAUGCAAUUCUGGCAAAUGGUAGGUCUGAUCCUGGACAAAAAACUGGGUUCUCGGUCCAAAACUGUAGGAUCAUACCCAGCUCGGACUUCUCUCCAGUUAAGCAUUCCUACAGCUCGUAUUUGGGGAGGCCAUGGAAGCAAUACUCUAGAGCCAUCGUCAUGGAAUCAACCAUAGACGACGUGAUUGCACCCCAAGGCUGGGUGGAAUGGCCUGGGGCUGGAGGAUCCAGCCUCAAGACACUGUACUUUGCGGAGUAUGCGAAUGGGGGGCCGGGGGCCAGAUUGAGCAAAAGGGUGCAAUGGCCUGGGUUUCAUGUGAUUGGAGCUGAUGAGGCUGUUGAGUUUACUGUUUCUAAUUUUAUUGCUGGGACUUCAUGGCUGCCUUCUACUGGAGUCACUUUCGUUUCUGGCCUCCAUUGAUUGGGAUGAAAAGGAUGUGUUACCCGAAUCUAAUGUGAAGAGGUGGACAUCGAAGUUCUCAUGCACCACAUGUAACCUUAAAGUCAUGUACCAAAGUUCAAGCAUAUGCAUCUUUUUAAGCUUAUAACCCUACGUUUUUAUAUUUUGGGCUUGUCCAAUAUAGAUUCCUAUAUUUUCUAU